AUGGCGUCUGGAUUUACGAUUCCAGAGAGGGUGGCCAUGACCCGCGUCUCGCAUGUCGCGAUCAAGAAUAUAGCUCGAUCUUUUCAGGCCCACAUUUUGAACCUUUCGAUGGACUUCUUCCGCGCCGAACGAUCCACCGACCUUCUUGCAGCUGUCGAAGAUGGUGAGGCCGUCAGUGAGUUGAUUGAGCAAGUGAUUUUGGACGUCGUUCCCACGCUGGCUGAUGUUCUUAUUGCCAUGAUAUAUUUAUAUUAUACCAUCAACGGUUAUGUCGCACUGGCGAUUCUACUACCAUCUGCUACCUAUUGCUUGGUGGCUUACUAUGGGGAGACCUGGGUGUCUGAAACAUCCAGAGAUUUUUUCCAGAAGCGUCGCUAA